AUGUCAUCUUAUCAAUCAUAUAGUGGUGUCGCUUAUACAAAUCUAAGUUCAGCAGCAAGUUUCUCUGCUGAUCUGAUUGCACAUCGUGGUAUUUGGCGUAAAAUCAUAUCCAUAAUUGUGUUUAUGGGAUUUUUGAUUACAUCAUGGGCUACUAUUGUACUACAUGUGAUUAACUUUACAAAUGAAAGUAUUUUAGAGUUAUCUGUUUCAGUUUCGGUAUUAAUAGCUGGACAAUAUAUAAUAACGGGUAUUGUGGAUGGUAUCAUUUAUUGGAGACGUUGGAAUGCAUCAAGUCAACGUCAACGUACAAAAAUACAAGAACAAAAUAAAGAAGCAUGGGUGGUUAUGCGAAUUACAUUAACAAUUUUAGGAAUGGCUCCAAUUGCAAGAUAUAUUGAAUCUUUGGUCGUAGUAAGAAGAAUGGUUAGUUUAGAAAAACAAUAUAUGUCUGAAACAAUAGCCUUAGUUAAAGAAGUUCAACAACCAUCUAAUCUACCAAGUGGAUCAUUAAUUAGUGUACCAAUAACAAAUACUCAAUUAUCACAACAAAGGAAAACACCUGAUAUUACUAAUAAUCCAGCAAAAAUGAAACAGUUAGAUACUGGUCUUCAAUAUGUACGUCGUGUAAGACGUCAAUUUUGUCGUACAGAACAUGAUGCAGCUAUCAUAGCUUUAACUAGUGGUGUAAUUGGUGCUGGACCAUAUGCAAUAGCUCAAGGUAUAUUGUUUUAUAGAAGAGAAACAAUGCUGUUUUUUAUGACACUUGAUACAAAAAUUAUACUACUGAUAUGCACAAUAUUUUGUAUGUUAUGGAUAAGUACAAGUUUUACACAUUUUUAUCCAGUACAAUAUCAACAAAAUGAAUUAGAAUUUGAACGUGGUAUUAAACAAGUUCAUACUGGUGGUUUAAUAUUAUUAUUUAUUAUACAUUUAAUACAUAUUACAUUACGUUGUAUUUCAAUUGCAUUAUUUACUGGACGAUUUAAUUUAAUGAUAUUAAUUAUAUUAAUUGGACAUUUGAUAAUUGUUUUAAUAACAAUUAUCAUUGCUAGAAAAUAUACUACUCAUUUAGAUCAUUUAAAUCAAAGAACUAAUACACAUAGUGAUAUCUGUGGAAAUUUCUUCAUUGAUCUACUUCAUUCUUAUAUUAGUUUAUAUGAAUUUUUCAAUGCUGGUAUAAAGUAUACACGUACAAGAUAUUUAAUUUAUUAUUUAUUUUAUUAUAUAGAAAAUUCUAUAAUGAUUGGUCUAUGGUAUGAUUAUUAUCAAUAUCCUGAAUCAUGGUAUUAUUUACCAUGUUUAUUAGUUGUUAUAUUAGUACAAUUAUUAGGUUUUAUUCUAUUACAAAUAUAUCUUUAUAUUUAUUCAAAAUCACGACGUAAAACAACAUUGUGUGGAUUAUGUUUUAUGCAUAAAUCUACUGAGAUCGCACGAGGACAACAAAAAACUUUAACAGGUCUAAGAGGCGAUGAAUCUCUCUAUCAUGUUAAUCAUCAUCAUAAUUCAUCGUUAAGAACUGAUUUGAAUAUACCACAAUCAUUAAUAAAUCUAAAUCGACAACAAUCAAAUACAUUAUUAAACAGUUAUCCAUCUAUAGACAAUAUGAAUUAUACAAAAUCAUUACCUCCUAAACGUGUACACAAUGAUAGUGGUAUAUAUGAUCCAAUAUUUGGUGAACAAAUAAUACAAUCUGCUGUACCAAUUCAAUUACGUAAUCAUAGAAAUAAACAUCAACAAUUUAUAGAAAUGAAUAAAUCUAAACAAAAAUCAUUAUCUGAAUUAACUACUUCUAAUAAUUAUGAUAUACAAUCAAGAAUAAGUAAACAAUUCAAUGGUGGACCACAUCAUCAUAAACAAUUGGAUUCAUUUGAGAAUUAUAUAAAUUUAAGAAAGAAACCAUUAUCAUCUAGUGAAAGAUUAAUUUCACAUAGAAAUCAAUCAACAAAUAAACGAUUAUUACAAUCAAAAGAAAUACCAUCAUCCAUAGUAACUAAUAAUAAUGUACAAUGUUCAUCUGAUAAUAUGAUACAAUCAAGGAAAUUAAAUAAAAAUAUUAAUCAUCAUCAACAUCACCGGAAACAACAUUAUCAAGGUAUUAGAACAUCACAUCAUAAUAGUCAUACAGUAAGUAGUCGGACUAUAGAUAGACAAUACACUAUUCAUAAAGAAUAAAAUCAAUAUAUUGUAUUUGUGCGGAUUGAUUCUUAUUACUAUUAACGUACAUGUUUCCACUUGAAUACUAGUCUUCCAAAUUAUCAUAAAACUAAAUUGUAUUAAUGUUGUGAACGAGAACAUAUAUGAGAGACAACUACAAAAUUACAAAGUUCUUUGGUAAAAUGUGUAAACUAUACUUCAUUUUACAAAUCCUCCAUGAAUUGUCUUAAAUUUCAUCGUUCCCUCAUUGCUAUAAUAAUUACUCACUCUAUUCCC